AUGUUGUCCAUAGCUCCGAGUCUGUACCAAGAGUCGACGGAGCUAUGUGCAGACUCUAUUGAGUCGCACCCGUAUUUACCCUACGUUUUUGCCGAGUCAACGUAUCAGGUGGAUCAAGACAAAACCACGGAUGCACCUAGCCCUUCAUACACACGUCGCGGCCGCUGCCGGCUGCGCCGAGCUGACGUUCAAGGCGAUGCAGUCAGCUGCAUGACCCUAGAUACAUGGGAUGGAGCAGCCAUCCUAGAUACUAAGUGGUGUCUUGCUUCUUCUGAGAAACAGGCGCAGCAUGGGUACGGUAUUUUGGGGAUUGCGGAUGCUUCAGGGCACGUACAUUUGUUGCACUUGCAGGAUUACGAAUCAGCCUAUCGCCUAGCCCCUUGGAAAUCGUGGCGCAUGAACCAUCAUGAUGCAUUAUGUUUGAGUCUCGACUGGUCCGAUAGGUGUCGUCCUGGCGCCGAUGAUGCACGUAUGAUUUUGAGUCAAAGCAACGGAACGUUAUGUAUGGUACCAAGCUUAAAUUCAGCUGCACCACUUCCCCAAGCAUGCGAAACGUGGUUGGCACAUGACUUCGAGGCAUGGAUCACGGCAUGGGAUUGUUGGAAUGAUGGUGUUGUGGCUUGGAGUGGUGGUGAUGAUUUGGCCCUAAAAGGUUGGGAUAUGCGUAUGCCGCUGUAUAAUGGACAGCGUGCAUCUACCUUCACUACGCGUAAAUGCUUUGAAGGAGGAGUCACAACGAUCCAGAGUCAUCCCCACAAGCAACAUUAUUGGGCUGUCGGGAGCUACGACGAAAAAAUCCGGCUCUUUGAUGCUCGGAACACACGCUCACCUCUGAGUGAAACGGAAGUGGGUGGCGGUAUAUGGCGCACGAAAUGGCAUCCGGACGAGUCUCAGAAACUUCUUCUUGCAUGCAUGCAUGGCGGCUUGGUCGUUUUGGAUUGUCCAGGUCUUGAUGCAGGGGCGCCAUCACCAGAUCCCAUGCGCAUCCUCACAAAAUUUCAGGGUCAUAAUAGCAUCGCUUAUGGAUGUGAUUGGGAGCGUGGGUCACCGCAAGAUCAUCUCGUCUACAGCUGCUCGUUCUAUGACGCUUCAAUGCACAUAUGGAAAUGGUAG